CCAACAUGAUGAUCAUUACUCUCAGUGAGGCCAUUGCCCAAAAGCAAGUUGCCAUUCCCAAAUCCAUAUGGCUAAGCAAAGUUCCGACGUGUUUAAUUUACAGAAGCUUCCUCACCAAGUUUCUUUCACCCCCCUAUGAAAGCCUCCACCAUUAAAGACUGUGUUUCCACCGGGUUGUACUAUCUGGCAUCUUUCAUUUUUCCACCUUCUAAGCUCUGAUCUUGACUUUAUUAUCGUUGUUGUCUAGGAUGGAUCGCACUCAAGAUCGAUCCGAGAUUGUGUUUUUUGACGUUGAAACCAUUUACGCCACUUCCGUCAUUGUGGAGUUCGGAGCCAUCUUGGUUUGCCCCGAGACGCUAACGGAGCGCCACAACUACUCCACACUGGUCAGACCCUCCGACCCUUCCAUCAUCCCUCCCGUGUUCGAACGCAGAAACGGCAUUACUCGAGAUGCUCUCGCCGGUGCUCCUACUUUCGACGACAUCGCCGACACGGUUUAUGAGCUUCUUCAUGAUCGGAUUUGGGCCGGCCAUAAUAUCUUAGAACAUGACUGUCUUUGCAUCAGCGAGGCAUUUGCUGAGAUUAAUCGGCCACCACCGGAGCCCAAGGGUUUCAUUGACUCGUUAGUUUCGUUAACUGAAAAGUUUGGAAGCAGAGCUGGUAACAUGAAGAUGGCCACUCUUGCGGCAUACUUUGGGCUUGGAGAACAGACACAUAGGAGCUUAGAUGAUGUCCGGAUGAAUUUGGAUGUUCUCAAACACUGUGCAGCGGUUCUAUUCUUGGAAUCAAGUCUUCGGGAUACAUCCACAGUGAAUAGUCGGAUUUCUCCAGAUGCUACUACAAGUCAUAGUAAAGAAAAAUCUUUACCAGAUGGGAGCUCAUCAGAUGCAGUUCAACAGCAUUAUUUUGCCUUUGGUCCUUUUCAUGAUGAAACAAACAAAGAAUCGAUUCGAUCACAAAUGUUUUCUUCAGCUGCCGUAUCUGAGGCUUGCAACGGCAUAUUUACUGUUUUGAAGCUCGAAGAAAUAUCUAUCUCUUGCCUCACUCCACGUCUUGUUCAAUUAGAUGGUGGCGACCUAAAGAUUCAGCUGUUGCACAAAGGUUUGCCUUUUCAGCUUUUCUGUGUUAAUCUCAAAAUACGAUACGGUGUAAACGCCAAGUUUCGCGAUCACGUGGGAAGACCAAAGUUGAAUUUUGUAGUUGAUGCAUCACAAAGGUUACGUGAGGUUCUUGAAGCUUGUGACAAUAUGGCAGAGAGGUUAUCUUUUGAGUCCGGUGGCAGCUCUUGGAGAUGGAUUGUUACCUGGGAAGAUGGCUUCAAUUAUCCAUUUGUGCGAUUGCAUAUCCCUGCUGCAGAAUGCGAGAAUGUUGCCCUGUAUGGAGCUGAAAUAUAUCGGCGAGAAUCAUCAGGCACAAUCAAGAGGCUUCUCUUCAAUAAGUUUGAUGCUGGGGAGAUGAGUUCCUUGUUCAAGCGUGGCACUUUUGUUGAUGCUGUCUUCUCCUUGGAUUCUUAUGACUAUCAACAGAAUGCAGGGAUUAGAUUGAUCGCCAGAGGCUUGACCAUUCAUUGAGUAGAAAUAAUAUGUUGGAAAAUAUAAUUGUUAAUUCCCAAGUCUUUUAAGUUUCAUAUGUUUGUAAUGUUAAUUCUUAUUAUCACUAGCAGAGUUAAAUCUGUUGAUAUAUACAUAAUUUUGUUUAAUUU